CUAUGUAGGUGCACUAGAUAGGGAGUGAAAAACAACGGCGUGCGCUGCGCUACGUAGUGCACAGUUCGGCUCCUGGUGAACGUUUUGAGAUACGGCCCGGCGCUCUGGGGGCCAUCUUGUUUUUUUUUUGCAUAAUAUUACCGUUAAUCCAAUCACAUCGCGCGUAUCUCACCUGAUUACCAUAUCGGAAUAUAUCUCUGCUCAUUAAAGAUGGCGAUGAGUGCGAGUCGAGCGGAGGUAGAGGCUGAUGUCGAAGAGGACGAGAGCUUCGGCCCACAGCCCCUGAGCCGCCUGGAGCAGUGCGGUAUCAGUGCGAGUGACCUGAAGAAGCUGGAGGACGCCGGGUUCCACACCAUCGAGGCCGUGGCGUACGCGCCGAAAAAAGAGCUGCUGAACAUCAAAGGCAUCAGCGAGGCCAAGGCUGACAAGAUCCUGGGCGAGGCAGCGAAGCUGGUCCCGAUGGGGUUCACCACCGCCACAGAGUUUCACCAGCGCAGAGCCGAGAUCAUCCAGAUCUCCACCGGAUCUAAAGAGCUCGACAAACUGUUACAGGGCGGUAUCGAGACGGGCUCCAUCACGGAGAUGUUCGGUGAGUUCCGUACAGGGAAGACUCAGCUCUGCCACACGCUGGCGGUGACGUGUCAACUCCCCAUCGAUCAGGGCGGGGGCGAGGGCAAGGCCAUGUACAUCGACACAGAGGGAACCUUCAGACCCGAGAGACUGCUCGCCGUGGCCGAGAGGUACGGACUCGUGGGCAGUGAUGUUCUGGACAACGUUGCUUACGCGCGAGCGUUUAACACGGAUCAUCAGACUCAGCUGCUCUACCAGGCUUCAGCUAUGAUGGCCGAGUCCAGGUAUGCCCUGCUGAUAGUGGACAGUGCCACGGCGCUCUACAGGACGGAUUAUUCGGGUCGGGGCGAGCUCUCGGCCCGUCAGUGUCACCUGGGACGUUUCCUCCGCAUGCUGCUGCGUCUCGCUGACGAGUUUGGCGUCGCGGUCGUGAUCACCAAUCAGGUGGUGGCGCAGGUGGACGGGGCGGCCAUGUUCGCCGCUGAUCCGAAGAAACCCAUUGGGGGGAACAUCUUAGCACACGCCUCCACUACCAGGUUGUACUUGAGGAAGGGUCGCGGCGAAACUCGCAUCUGUAAGAUUUACGACUCGCCGUGUUUACCCGAGGCCGAGGCCAUGUUCGCCAUCAACGCAGACGGAGUAGGAGACGCUAAAGACUGAGGCUGUGUGUGUGUGAGAGAGAGAUGGACAAGAACAGAAACACGGUGAUGGGUGCACUCGUGUGUGUGUGUGUACACUCUCCUUUAAAGAUGAAGACACUGUUAAUGCUGCUGUCAAGUGUGUUCAUCAUCCAGAGCGGAGUGUGUGUGUGUGAGAGGGAGGGACCGUGCCAUCUACUGGCGCACAUGUGUGUGUGUGUGUGUCAGUUUACUUUUGUUUAUUUGAUGUAAAGAUAAAUACUACAUUUCAGUUCUUUCUUACUGGUUUCCUUUGUACUGUACUUUAUUCUUUCUGUACAUAAAAGUAUUAAAUAUUUUAUUGCUCAUCA